AUGGAAGAGCAAAGAGAUAAUGAUUCUAUUUUACUAAAACAUGGAUGGUGUGAAAUGCUGAAGGGAGGAGUGAUAAUGGAUGUGAAAAAUGUAGAACAAGCGAAAAUAGCAGAAGAGGCAGGAGCUAUUGGUGUAAUGGUUUUAGAAAAUAUUCCAUCUGAACUUCGAAAUAAAGGAAGUGUUGCUAGAAGUGUUGAUCCAAGCAAAGUUGAUGAAAUAAAGAAGAACGUAUCUAUUAAUGUAUUAGCGAAAGUUCGAAUUGGUCAUUUUGUAGAAGCACAGAUUUUGGAAGAGUUGAAAAUUGAUAUGAUUGAUGAAAGUGAAGUUUUAACCAUGGCUGAUGAAAUUAAUCAUAUUGAUAAACACAAAUUUAAAACCCCAUUUGUAUGUGGAUGUACAAAUUUAGGAGAGGCUUUACGAAGAAUUUCUGAAGGUGCAUCUAUGAUAAGAACCAAAGGAGAAGCAGGAACAGGAAAUAUAAUUCAAGCAAUUAAACACAUAAGGACAGUACGUAAUGAAAUUAAUUACUUAUGUGGAUUAAGUGAAAGCGAAGUUUAUAAUUAUGCCAAAAGAAUUAGUGCACCCAUUGAUCUUUUGUUACUUACAAGAAAAUUAAAAAAAUUACCUGUAGUAAAUUUUGCUGCUGGUGGAGUUGCAACUCCAGCAGAUGCUGCUAUGUGCAUGCAGUUAGGUAUGGAUGGUGUUUUUGUUGGUUCAGGAAUUUUCGAAAGUGAAAAUCCAAGGAAAAUGGCUACAUCUAUUGUUGCUGCAGUUAGCAAUUUCAACAACCCAAAGAUCCUUUUAAAUGUAAGUCUCAAUUUGGGAAAGGCUAUGUGUGGAAGCACGACCAUAUGUGAGAAGUGGAAGAAUAAAAAUGAGGAACAGUACUAG